AUGCGCUCCUUCCAGCAGGUCCUCGUCUUCCUUUUCGCCGCCAUCUUCGCCUUUGCUUACGCUCAGGACGCUACCUCCUACGAUGAGACCGUCUACAUCACCUCCACUGUCUACCGCGUCAACACCGUGACUCUCUCCACCUCUCCCACGGCUUCUCUCGUCAACUCCACCUCUACCAUCUCUGCCACUCACCCAGUUGGAACUGGCUACCCCUCCCACUCUGCCAACGGCACCACUGCCAUCUACCCCACCGGUGGCUCUCCCUCCAUCACCUCCUCUCCUUCUCCCAGCACUCCCGUGGACUUCCCCGGUGCUGCGUCUCAGCUCAACGUCAACGCCCUCCUCGCAGUCCUCGCUGCUGGCGUUGGAUACAUGGCCCUAUAG